ACGACGGUUAUCAUUACCAGCAUUCCACAUGGCAACUACUCAAUCCUUUAAUCGUUAUUAGAUUCUCCCCUUCCUUCCGCACCAUCUUUCAAGCCAGCUAUACCCUAAAUCUAACAAACGAACCUUUUCCGGACCUUGGCAUUAUCGAACCGCCCACUGUUUUGCCGAUCUUGGACCUGCCCCGCGCAUCAACUUUGACUUCGAGAGUCGCAUCUGAUUCACUCCCAAAACCUUUGCGCCCAGCCUUCGAACUGAAGAAAACCAGACCCCUUCGGAAUUUCAGCCUUUCUUCACUUUCCAAAACACUGGAACGCAGUGCCCAUCCUUGAAUUCUUCCACGUAACCACCACGGUCUCGCGCACAACCCCCACUCGUCUGCCAUAACACCCAAAUCACGAUCACCACUUCUGCGAUCAAGAUGUCUUCUAACACCGUCCUGUUUCCCAAAGACGCCAACAUGGCAAUGGAUACUGCUAUGUCCGGCGAGCCCAUGGAUAUGACGCCCGAACAAAAACCCACCUUGUUUGCUGCGCCCUCAGCAGACAACAAGGCGACCGACACGUCAGCACCCAUCAACAAGUCCGACUCGAUGAAGACCUUGGAAUACCACCGCCAGGUCUUGCAAAACAAGAUGGAGAUUGACCACACCAAGUACGUCUCUCCGUCGGACAACAUCAUGAGCCCCUGCACCGCCAAGCUCAGCGCCUUUCGCAGCAAGCAGGCUGGAAAGGUCAAGCCGAAGUCGCUCUUCGCCCAAGCGUCGGCUAAGAAACUCGAGGGCACGACGGCUACCGGCAACACAGGCACCACUGGUACCACCAACAACGGUCUUUUCGGGGUGAAGCAAGAUUAGACGACUUCUACGUCCACUAAUUCCCUUCCGAAUCCUCGUGUUACAUCGUUUCCGAUGCUCAAGAAUAGCAGGCCGAGCUGCGUUGGCUUACAAGGGACAUUAGCGAGGCUUGCAUUUGGCUAGCAGCUGUCUUUAUGUGGAAGCCGGUGUCUUCCAGUGCGCUUCUGUCAUCAUGAGAGUUCACAAAGAUCUCUCUUCUAGAGUUGUCCUAUUUCUUUCCUUUGUUUUUUUUUUAUUACGUAUCGCAACUAGGGCGUUUGGGCAACAUGGCUUCGGGGAUCAUGUGUUUUUCUGUUGUUACAGCCAUCAGAGAGGAAGGAAAUCAGAGGUUAGGGAUAAAAGCAAACAGAGACGGGGUUAUGUAUGCGCCCAUAGGGCGUCGUUUAUGAAUGAUGGAAUGAUAACGACAAGAUUUUACAACGGUAGUCUUAAAUGCCAUCUUCUGUUCAA